AUGUCCGACCCCGCUACUGAACCCAAUGAAGAGAUCAAAUGGGAUGAAGUUUACAAUGAUCCCACUGCUACCGUCAUCUUCGUUUCUUCCGACAAGGUCCAUUUUCGCGCGCACGGAUGGCCUUUGAAGCGACAUAGUCAAGUCUUCUCCGACAUGCUCACACUUCCACAAAACGAAUCCACCGAAACUCCUCUACUGUCCUCCACCAAGCCGAUCGAGCUCGAUGUUUGGAACGAUAUCUUACGCUUCUUUCUCGAUCUCUUCCACUCCUCAUCGCCUCCCACACUUGACGUCCAAUUGGGAGCACUAAAACUCCUGCUCAAAUUAUGUGACCGCUUCCAAGCCGAAGCCCUGAAGCACAAGGCGCUGGAGGGGUUCAUGCGCUUUACUCAGAAGGACCCGAUCGGCACCUUUGCUCUGGCAGCUCAGUGUGGUCAUGUGGAACUUGCAGCCGCGUCGAUCAAGCACUUCUCUGAAUACAAAGGUGACCCUUGGCACGAAUGGUAUGAUACCUUCAGAAUGGCUGUUGGCGCUAUUUCAACGACGGGUUAA